GGUCUCCCUGGCAAGUUCAAAUCCUGGAUUUACCAGCAUGGUAUCCUUCCUCGGAUCCUUUGGCCCCUACUGGUCUACAAAGUCCCUAAUGGUGGAAGGCUUCGAGAUGAGGGUCAGCAGGUUUCUGCACAGGUGGCUGAGGUUGCCAAGAAGCCUGAGCAGCAUCGCCCUGUAUGGGCACACCAACAAGCUGAAGCUCCCUAUCAGCAGCCUGAUCGGGGAGUUUAUGGUCACUCAGUCGAUAGAGCUGCUUCAAUACCGGGAGUCCAGUGACCCAAAGGGUGCCCAGGCUGGGAUUGACCUUAGGAAGGGAUGUAAGUGGAGAGCAUCCAAGGCUGUGGGCGUUGCAGAGUCAAGGCUACGGCAAAGGGUGCUGGUGGGUACAGUGGCACAGGGAAGAGCUGCUUUGGGUAGCAGUAGAACACCUCACUAUGGUAGGGCACAAGGGAAAGAGAGGAGGGCACUGAUCCUUGAGGAGGUGCAAGCUGGAGUAGAGGAGAAGAGGUUCAGCCAGAUGGUAGGAUUGAUGCAGCAGGGAUCCGGGACGAGAUGGGAGCAAGCUUCGGAGCACAAGGCAGUCUACAAUGUGCUGCCUAGUCCAUCUAAACGCUUUACCUGGGGGAAGGUGGAGACACCAACUUGCACCCUCUGCCAGAAAAGAGGAACCCUGGAGCACAUCUUCAGCUGCUGUCUGAGAGCCCUGGGUGAAGGGCGCUACCGCUGGAUACAUGACCAAUUUUUGAAGGCCGUAGCGGAUGCUAUCUGCAGUGGAAUCAACCACAGCAAGAGCCUUCGCCCAGUUAGGAACACCAUCACUUUCAUCAGAGCUGGGGAGAAGCCUGGAGCGGCUUCCCGAAAUACCUCUCCUGGCCUGUUGGCAACGGCGCGUGACUGGGAGUUUAAAGUUGACCUGGGGAAGCAGCUGAAGAUCCCAGAAGUGGUUGCCAAGACAACAUCACAUGCAGCAUAA